UUUUUCAUCACAAUCAAAACAAUAAACUCAUUUCAUUUACUACAAAAAAUAUGGGUGGCCUUACGCGACUUAUCGUCGUCCUCUCCAUGUUAGCCGCCACAGCUCUGACAUCAAAAUCACAAUACGUGUUUCCCAUCACCAAAGACGAACCCACAAAACAGUUCUACACCACUAUCGGCAUCGGAGCUGCCCCAGAAGCUCCCGUAAACUUCCUCCUUGAUCUCGGAACUGACCUCACGUGGGCCAACUGCCGCAAAAUCAAAUCUUUAUCAUCUCUCCACCUCGUCAGAUGCCAGAGCUCAACGUGCAAGGCCAUCCCUGGAAACGGUUGCGACAGCCGAAAUACCUGUCUUUACCAGCAACCAAACCCUUUCGGCAAAAACUCCUCCGUUACCAGCCGUGUCGUCCAGGACAUAGCCAACAGCCCGACCGUUAGCUUCCGCCCCUUCACAUUCUCAUGCGCCGCCGCCGCGAAAAGAUCUCAAGGCCUUCCUCCUCCGAUGGCCGGAGUUCUUGGUCUUUCUACAGGAGAAUAUACGUUUUGGAGACAGGUCACGAAGAAGUUUAACAUCAUCCCGCAAUUCUCUCUUUGCUUGCCUUCUUCCGGCACUACCGGUAACCUAUACAUCGGCGGCCUUUCUUACAGUGUCCCAAGUUCUGCGACGGUGAUGAGAGUUAGCUCAGGAGACUAUUUUAUGGUGGUUCAAUCUAUCUACGUUGACGGGACUCUUUUAUCUUUGAACCCUAGUUUACUGAACGGGGGAGCCAAGUUAAGCACGGUGGUUCCGUAUACCGUACUACACACUGAUAUCUACAAUGCUCUUGCUCAGUCUUUUACACUCAAGGCUAAGGCAAACGGAAGAUCUCAAGUCCCAUCGGUGGCGCCGUUCAAAAACUGUUACGACGCACGGGCCGCCGCAGGAAAGAAUACGCCGGUGAUAGAGUUUGGGCUACCGGGGAAUAUGAGGGAGGUGAGGUGGACAUUCCACGGGACUAAUACGUUGGUGAAUAUCAACAAGAAGGUGAUCUGUUUGGCUUUCAUCGAUGGCGGAAAGAAACCGAAAGAGAAUAUUGUGAUUGGGACAUAUCAGCUUCAAAAUUAUAUUCUCUCGUUCGAUAUGAGCAGGACGCAACUUAGGCUUAGUGAGUCGCUCUUGCUCCACAACGCUAGCUGCUCCACUUAAUGACUUUUCUAAUAAAACAGAGAAAAUCAUCACAACUAUAAAAUUACUAUAAUUCAUUUCAAAUAAUUACCUUUAUCUUUCUUUCUCAAGUUUUUUCCUUUGUAAGUGUUUUUCUAUUUCUCUUGUUAAGUUCUAAUAAUACUUCUGAAAUGAAAUUAUAAUUCAAGCUUUAUAUGAGAUUUGGUAAAUAUCCCCAUUUUUUUCCGUUAACUUCUUUAACUUCGUCUCUUUUACUGAUAAAUAUGAACAUUUUAAU